GGCCUCCGCGAUGGGAAGCGAGCUAUUAACCGCUUGAGCUAUGGUGCGGCCCUGCGCUUUGCCUAAGUCAAGUCAUUCGUCCACAGAAAUCAAUAAACUUCUCUGUCUCUGGGAACACACCUGAACCGGUUAUGUUCGUGUGUUGGAAUGUACGUACUAACAUGGCGCUGUUGCGAACGUUUGAGAAAACCUCGCGGGGCGUGGCCCGAUUGAGUUUCCGAAUAAGAAACAAGCGUUUCCGCAUGAGUAACACUCGCUGCUGUUCCAUCAUCAAGUGGAGUUGCGUCGUCCUGUGUCCGUUGGCUGCAAAGGGAGGUGACGCUGUGUCUGAGCUAUGCCUCACAUGCCUCUGUGAAGCUUCCUCCCAGUGCGACCUCAAGUUGCGCUGUGAGAACGACGCCUGUGGACCAUUCCAAAUCACCUAUCUCUACUGGGUAGACGGGGGCAAGCGCGGAACAGGUUGGGAGACCUGUUCCAUGGACCUGCAGUGCGCGACGGACACUGUGCGCGGCUACAUGCACAAAUACCAGAAGGACUGCGACGGAGAUGGCCAAACCGACUGCGGGGACUACGCGCGAAUUCACAAACUGGGGGGAGUGGGCUGCAUCAACGAGCCGGAUGAAGGCUUCGAUGAUUUCAAAAGUGACCUUGACGCUUGUCUUGCAGAGGUCAACGCUUCCAUGCCUGGGAUACCUUAACAACCGUCAAAAGACCUCCUUCCUGCAAAUACCAUGUUUAUUUGCAUGUGGAGACUUAACCAUGAAUUUCUUAAUUUUAUUCCUGUGUAGCUGUAACCAGAGCCGGAGGGACAGCACAUACGAACUAGGCGCACCCCCGCACCCCCACCCUGCUGCGGCACAUUUUGCAUUUUUGUUGCAUGAUAAUUUCUGCUGAUCCUUUCUUCAUAUUGUGACCAUUAAUUUGCAGUCAGCUCAACAUGUCACGCAGCAAUGUAAACAGAACUCUUAAGACUUUACUACUUCAGUGACGGUUUCUGUGAGUGUCUGAAAACUUUUUGCUAAUGACUGUGACGAAGUUUCGUGAACGUCAGUUUGUUUUCUGAGACUGGGGUAAGAUAGCGGAAUUCCCCGUCAGCUGGGGCGAUAGAUAGAUUUUCUCCGGCCCUGGCUAUUUUGAAAAGUCAUUGUGAUCACCAUCUUAUAAAAGACACAAGUAAUAUUAAAAUAUUAUUACUUUGUCAUUGUAACAAGCGAAAUAAAGCAUGUGCUCACUUGAAAUAUGAAGUUAAUUAACAGAUGCGGAGUCUCCUGCAACUCU